AUGAAGGGUUCAUUAUUGUUAGCUUGGCAAGUUAAGGAUAAACAUUGUUUGGUAAUUGGGUCAGGAGAUGUUGCAUUAUCUAGAAUAAAUCAUUUAGUAAUAGCUCAAGCAAAGAUUACAGUUAUAUCAGGUGAUGGACACAUUCAUAAAGAGAUCUUAGAUUUAGCUAAAACUGGGGAAAUUACAUUGCACAAUAGAAAUUACAAAGAUGAAGAUUUGAAAAUGUAUGAAAAAUUGGAACCACAAUUGGAUUUUAAAAACUUAAAUACUACAGCUUAUUCCGCUAUAAGUCAAUUAGUUGACGAAACUUUUGCUUGUGUUUUAUGUUGUAUUGAUGAUUAUGAAUUGAGUGCAAAAAUUUAUUAUCAAUGUAAAUUGUUGAGGUUACCAGUUAAUAUUGCAGAUAAACCACCAUUAUGCGAUUUUUAUUUUGGAAGUAUGAUCAAUCAAGAAAGUUUACAAAUAAUGAUAAGCACAAAUGGUAAGUCACCAAGAUUAUCAAAACUAAUAAAAGAUAAUAUUGCAAAACAAUUUGUUGGAGUAGACUUGAAUAAUGCUAUAGAAAAUUUGGGAUUAGUUAGAGCUAGAUUAAGGGAAUUAAUAUUGGUAGAUGACGAUCUAGUUACAAUAGAUACAAGAAUGAACUGGAUUAAAGCAUUGACUGAUUUUUUCACAGUAAAAGAAUGGAGUUUACUACAUUUAACUCAAAAUCAAGCUGAUAAGAUCAUAAAAUGUUUUCCUGAUUUUCCACCUAAACAAUACGAUGAAUUUCAAACCUAUAUAUCUUCAUGA